ACUGUUACUGCUGUCAGUGUCACAGAGUUACAGUAUCAUUUUUCAUAACAAAAAUUAUAAAUUAAGAAUUCGAUGAUAGAAUAAAUAAUCAGUAAUAAAAUUUAAAAUGCCGAAAAAGUUUGCGACAGAAAACACCAAAUCAGUUGCAGCAAGGGAACGAAAGAAGCAAGCCAAAGAUGAACAAACUUCGAAAAAGCAAAAAGAUCUAGAAGAUGCAUACUGGAAAGAUGAUGAUAAACAGGCACAGAAGAAGCAACAAAAGAAGGAAGCUGAAGAGAAGAAAAAACAAGAAGCUCUUCAACGUAAAGCAGAAGCAAAAGCACUUCUAGAAAAAGAACUAACAGAAACGCCUAAGAAAGUUUCAAAGCCUCCUCCACCUGUAAAAGUGACAAGAGCCCAAAUUAGUGCUAAAGCAGCUGCAUCUACAAAGCCUGAAAAGGAAGAAACAAAGAUUGAAACUCACUUGGAAGCUCCAUUAAUUGAAAAUAUCAACAGACUACAAGUUGAUGGUGAGGAAGCUAGGACUGUGGAUGAAGCUAUUUCAAUUUUAGGCAAUAAAGAUGACAUUGAUAAACAUCCUGAGAAGAGGAUGAAAGCUGCAUACACUGCCUAUGAAGAAAGAAGGCUUAAAGAACUCAAAGAAGAAAACCCCUCUCUACGGUUAUCCCAGCUCAAACAAAUGAUUUUCAAGGAAUGGCAAAAAUCACCAGAAAAUCCAUUGAACCAACAAUAAAUAUUUGUUUUAUAAUUGUUUUAUAUCAUUAAUAAUUUGUCAUAAUUGUUGAAAAGAGUGUGUUAGUCACCAUCUUAAAAUUCUGAAUCAAUAAAUUUACAGAUGCAAAUGAAAAAUUGGAGAUAAAAAUUAAAAUUUCUGAAUUAUAAAAGUGGAAGUGUAAAUUAUUUAAAUCAGAAUUUGAAAGGUGGCAUUGCCUUUUCUGUUUUGCAAUUUCUGUAUAGAUAUUUAUUGAAUGGCAAGAAACUUUUGAAAGUUUAAUACAUAAUAAAAA